AGUCGAGAAAUGGUCGUCAAAUGCUUCAACUGUAACUCCAAAGGACAUAUGGCCCCUGAAUGUCGCAAGCCCAAAAGAACACCUGGAGCGUGUUUCGUUUGCAAUGAAAUGGGCCACAUUUCAAUAAACUGUAGCAAACGCAACGACUUGGAACUACGAGAAAAUAUGAAAACCAGCAACAAAAAACACUAAUUGACACUGGAAGCCCUAUCAGUUUAAUAUGUGAGGAGAAGGUACCCAAGAAACUUAUUGAAGACUAUUCUUUUGUUCAAAAUUAUUACGGAAUAAAUAAAAGUAAACUUAUAAUCAUUGGAGUAAUAAAAUAAAGAGAAUAAAUAAAAGAGAA